AUUAUUUUUGUUUUCAUCGUCCAUUUCUGAUCCGCCCGGUCCUCACUUUAGGAAGAAUUUAACGACUUCAAUAAAACAGUUUUAAUAUAAAAUAGAAGCAAUGGCACAAACAUUUAGUGGCCACGAACAAUCCGGUAGCAACAUCGGUGUCAACCAAGGUGGUCCACAUGGUUUGGGAGAUCCGAACGACAGGCGAUUGCGGAAGGUCGAGCUGGAAGUCCUCAUCCCGAAGAUCAUGAGAGAGCGAGCCAAAACUGAAAAGUGCAUACCAGAGGUGAAGGAAUUCGAAACAUGCUGCAAGGAAUCCAAGCUUUUGAUGGUGGUAAAAUGCCGAAAACAGAACGAAGCCCUCAAGGAAUGUUCCCUCCGGUGGUACAACAACGAACAGUUUAAAUCAGAAUGCACCGAGAUCUACCUGGCGGAGCGCAGCGAGUUCAGACGAACCGGAAUACCGAAGAAAUUUCGGAAAAAUAAUUUGGAUCAACCGGCCCAGUAGGGUGCACGAAUGUAUUUAAAUUGUUUGUAAAAAUAAUGUUACCGGUUAAAUAUAUAAUAGUGACGAACUA